AUGCCCACUAUAUCUGUGGACAAGGCGGCUCUUUUCAAAGCCCUCGGGCAAGAGUAUACCACGAAAGAGUUUGACGAGCUGUGCUUCGAAUUUGGCCUUGAGCUGGACGAAGAUACCUCGAAUUCUGAACGGCCCAUUGUUAAUGGCGUUCAAGAGCCUCCUCAGCUGAAAAUUGAGAUACCCGCCAAUCGAUACGAUCUGCUAUGUUUCGAAGGCAUCUCGCUUAUGCUAAAUAUAUUCCGUGGCCGGACUACACUACCUAAUUACCGUCUAGUAACGCCGCCCAAUGGCGAUAUACAGACCCUCGUAGUGAAAGCAGAAACAGCAAAAAUACGGCCAUAUGUUUCUGGGGCAGUGCUGCGAAAUGUGCAUUUUGACCAAGCCCGUUAUGAUUCUUUCAUUGCGUUGCAGGACAAGCUGCAUCAAAACCUUGCACGACAAAGGACUUUAGUUUCAAUUGGCACCCAUGAUCUUGAUACGUUGCAGGGUCCCUUUAGUUAUGAAGCACUUACACCCAGGGACAUCAACUUUGUGCCUCUCAAUCAGAGUAAAUCGAUGGAUGGUCAAGAGCUAAUGGAAUUUUAUGAAAAAGAUAAGCAUUUAAGCAAAUUCCUUCAUAUCAUUCGAGAUUCUCCCGUUUAUCCGGUCAUCUACGAUUCGAACAGGGUAGUGUGCUCCCUCCCACCAAUCAUUAACGGUGACCAUUCAAAAAUCACCUUAAAUACUCGAAAUGUUUUCAUGGAGAUCACUGCUACGGAUAAGACAAAAGUGGAAAUUGUGAACAAUAUUAUGGUUGCAAUGUUCUCUCAAUAUUCUUCAGAACCUUUUACAAUCGAGCCCAUCCAAAUUGUAUCCGAACACAAUAAUGAAACCCGCCAAGUCCCAAACAUUGCGCCGCGCCCGACUCAAGCGAGCAUUUCGUACAUAAAUCAGUGUUGCGGAUUAAAUCUCUCUGCGAGUGAAAUUUGUAACCUUUUGAAAAAGAUGGCGUAUAUUGCAACUCCAUCAAAAACUGCUGCCGACGUUAUUGACGUGGAAUUACCCAUGACUCGUGCAGAUGUACUCCAUGAGGCUGACAUUAUGGAAGAUGUCGCUAUAGCAUACGGCUUUAACGAACUACCAAGGUCCUUCCCUAGCAAAACUGGAACCAUUGCACAGCCAUUACCAGUGAAUAAGCUAACUGACAUAAUCCGUACCGAAGCUGCAAUGGCCGGAUGGUCGGAAGUCAUGCCAUUGAUCCUUUGUUCGCACGAUGAAAAUUUCUCGUGGCUCAACCGCAAAGAUGAUGGAAAUACAGCCGUGAAGCUUGCAAACCCUAAAACUAUUGAGUUUCAAGUGGUUAGAACUAGUUUACUACCCGGCCUUCUGAAAACUAUCCGUGAGAAUAAGGGCCAUAGUGUACCCAUGAAAAUUUUCGAGGUAAGCGAUGUUGCUUUCAAAGAUAUGUCGCUUGAGCGUAAGAGCAGAAAUGAGAGACAUUUUGCCGCGGCUUGGUAUGGGAAGUCCAGUGGUUUUGAAAUCGUACAUGGCCUACUUGAUCGAGUAAUGGCUAUGCUGAAAAGUGCAUUCAUUGUCCGCGAAGAAGGUCUUGAAAACCCCGACAUGAGCGGUUCGAGAUACUGGAUUGAAGAACUAGAAGAUCCCACGUACUUCCCUGGACACGCCGCAUCAAUACAUGUUUGCAUUGGUGGGAAGGAACAUGUAAUUGGCGCCUUUGGUAUCUUACAUCCUACUGUUCUGGAAAAGUUUGAGUUGAAAUACCCGGUGAGCACGCUGGAGGUGAACAUCGAAGUGUUUCUUUGA